AUUCUUUGUAUAGGACACAAUUUACUUUAAACACUUUUCAUGCAAUACAAUAUGUAUAUAUACUAAUCAAUGAUCGUUAUAUAUGUCCAUCGUACUCAACCUCAAACAUCUUAAAUAAUGACUCUAAUAAAUCGCUCAAAACCAUUUGUACUUCUCGUAGGCUUCUCAAUUAUCUCAAGUUUGCUAUUAUGGGUCUCACAAGCUUCCGUUGUUUCAUCAGGAGAUUUUAACAAAGACUUCUUUGUGACAUGGUCUCCUACCCACGUUAACACCUCCAAUGAUGGUCGAUCAAGAACCCUUAAACUCGAUCAAGAAUCUGGUAUUUUCAUAUAUAUGUCCAAAUGUCCUCGUUAUAUUUUUCCGCAUUGAGAACUUAUGUUUUGAUAAUAUUAGGAGCUUCUUUUUCUUCCAUUCAGACGUUCUUGUUCGGCCAAAUAGAUAUGAAGAUCAAACUUAUCCGUGGAAGUUCUCAAGGAACCGUGGUUGCUUAUUAUAUGUCCUCAGAUCAGCCUAACCGGGAUGAGAUUGACUUUGAGUUCCUCGGAAACGUUAAUGGGCAGCCUUACAUUCUCCAGACAAAUGUCUAUGCCGAGGGACUUGAUAACCGCGAAGAAAGGAUCCAUCUCUGGUUCGACCCAGCCAAGGACUUUCACACUUACUCUAUCUUGUGGAACAUUCACCAAAUUGUAUUUAUGGUGGAUCAGAUUCCGAUAAGGUUGUAUAGAAACCAUGGGGAGAAAGGCGUAGCCUACCCAAGGUUGCAACCUAUGAGUGUACAGGCGAGUCUAUGGAACGGUGAGAGCUGGGCUACGCGCGGUGGACAUGACAAGAUUGAUUGGUCAAAGGGUCCAUUUGUGGCUUCCUUUGGGGAUUACAAGAUAGACGCUUGUAUUUGGAUAGGCAAUACAAGUUUUUGUAAUGGAGAGAGCACUGAAAACUGGUGGAACAAGAAUGAGUUCAGUUCUUUGACAAGAGUGCAAAAGAGAUGGUUUAAAUGGGUGAGAAAAUAUCACUUGAUUUAUGAUUAUUGCCAAGAUUAUGGAAGGUUCAAUAACAAGCUACCGAAGGAAUGUUCUCUUCCUAAAUAUUGAAUUUGCUCAAAUCUUGGGUUCACCUCCUUUUCUAUUAGCCAAUAACAUUAUGCCAUGUUAGACUGAAUUUAAAUAAAAAUAAUUAAGUAAAACUAAAUCAGAAAAACCAAAAAUGGAAAGAAAAUUCUUGUAUGUAUUUAACGUACCUUAACGUCAAGGUUGACAUCUUCUCCUCUUUUUUUAUUAUUUAAUGUAACUAUUUUAAUAUGAGCAAAUUUGAAAGAAUGACAAUAAAAAGCUGUUACAACCACGAGCCAAUAAGAUUUGCC